AUGGUUGGGGUUCUCGGCUCUCCGAAACGGCUCGGCUUGCUGCCGCUCCCAACCGCGCGUCACCUGCUCUCAGCCUGGUGUCGCUGGUUCUGCUUGGUACUCGCGGGAAGCCCGGUGGUUCGUCCUGAUCGCGGUCGCCGGCUCUCGAAUGACGUUCACUGCUCCUUGCUAGAAAUCGGCUGCUCCCGGUCUACCAAAAAAAGUGUCUCAGCCGUUGGACAAGGCUGCUUCCGGCCAGGAGCUGUUCGGCCUGCUUCAGUCACGGAGGAGCUCGAUUCUGACUCGCCGGAAAAAUGGGGCUUAAAUAGAGAGAGAUUAGGGUUUCGCCUUGGAGGAGAUGUCGCUGCCGGAUUUUGGGGGAAGGCCGGAAAUCAUGGAGGUGAUGAGCCGCAGACCGAUUCUCGCGAAAUUUGUUGUUCUGCUACUCGAAGAAAUGAAGGAAAUGGGCUGAAAUUUUUAGUCAAGAAGAGAAUGGCUGCUGCUCAAGAACUCCUCUUGGCCUGA